AUGCUGUUCUACAUUUUCGGCCUCGUCUUCAUUGCGCUGGUGGCGCCCUCGAUCGCUUCGUCUGUCACGGACAGCUCGUUCAAAUUUCCGCGCCAGGAGCAGAGCUUGGAGCUUGUCAGGCGGUUUUUCCAUGGCUCUUUCGUUAUCGGCAAAACCCUAUACAUUGAUGGCGGCGAGGCGACCCGGUCGAUAGAUGGCGUGAUCGAGCGCGCUAUCGUGAAUUCGACGUUAGCGCUCGACCUAUCCUCGUCCUUCUCAACAUCAUCAAAGAAUAACGGCGUUCAAAUACAGGACAUCAAUAAGGGCUCGUGCCCCAAUUUCAACUACAUCCGCUUCUGGACCAACGUAGCCGCCAACACCGUGUACGCGUAUGGCGGUGAGUUCAGCUACCUAAACCCCUGGGUGGGUAGCACUACGGUUCCCCUCGAGUCACUUUGGUCUUUCACUCCGAGUAGCGACGGUGGGACCUGGCAGGCCCUGGACCAGUCGAGCUCUGUGUUCAGCAGUAUAACCCGUCCCACUCAAGGUUCCGUCGCCUCUGGAGAUAUCGGUGGCUUCAACCUUGGCGGAUAUGCUGGCAACCGCGGAAGUCAGAAGACGAACAUUGACAGUUUUAUUCCCAUCCCUGGCUUGCAGUUCUACAACUUCACAUCUCAAGAAUGGUCCAAUAACAGUGCGACAGCGUACUCGCCAGACGGGACCGCGGAAUUCAGCGGUACCGCCUACGUGCCCACAUGGGGUACUGCUGGUUUACUCGUGGCGUUCGGAGGGCAGAUAUCACCCAAUAUCUCUCAAUUCGUAGACGGUGCGGCUUAUCUCCCCAUGUCUAACAUAUCACUUUUCGACCCAUCGACUCAAGUGUGGUACUACCAAGAGGCCACCGGAGACGUCCCUAGUCAGCGUGAUAGGUUCUGCGUCGUCGGAGUCAAUGGUGGCGACAACUCUACUUACGAAAUCUUUCUAUACGGCGGCCAAGUGGGCAGCAACAUUUACGACAACUCAUCGGCCUCUCAAAGUAUUAACGCAGGCCUUGACGAGGUCUACGUCCUCUCUCUACCCUCGUUCGUCUGGUUCAAAGCCAACUAUACAUCUUCGGACCCACGAAUGUUUCAUACAUGUAACAUCGUCGGUAAUCGGCAAAUGUUGAGUAUUGGUGGUCUGAACCCAAGUGCUGCCAGUUGGUCAGCCGCGAUAAAUGAUACUGACUUAUUCUGGGAGGGUGUGAAGGUAUUUGACUUGACGGCAUUGCAGUGGACCAACCAUUAUAACGUUACUGCUGCGCCGUAUCUUGCUCCCAGUCCUGUUGCCGCCCAUUACGCUGCUGGCGUGAGGUAUCCGUCAACAUGGAGUAGCAAGAAUCUUGAAAGUCUAUUCUUGAAUCCUACAUCAAACACCUCUACGCCAGUCGAACCUUCUGCGUCGGCCUCGCCACAGCUCGAGACGCCGAAGAAAAGGAACCGCACAGCGGCAGGUGUCGGAGGCGCAGUAGGUGGAGUUGCAGCAUUAGCAUUCCUGGGCCUCUCCGUCUACCUUCUCGCCCGCAAGCGAGCGAAUGAAAACAGGCGAGAACGAGGAGAGAGCAAGCUGCGACCGACAUACAAAGACGGUGAGCCAGGUUCCAUCAAGAAUGCAUCCGAAGCGGGGCUAGGGACUCCUCAUGAGGUGGACUCGGGGCAAGCACUUCCUCAUGAGGUGGACUCGGGGCAGGCACUUCCUCAUGAGGCGGACUCGAGGCAUGUUAAUGAGUUCUUGGAGCACAUUGUAAUGGGGCAGUGGAAACAUGCUGCAGUGCCGAGAGCUUGGUCCGGUGUUUGCGGUUCCUGGGGAUCUGCUUUGGUUGCGAUUAGAGGCAUGAUGUGCUGGCGAAACGGGCGUAGAAGAAAGAUACACAGCGGAUGCCAAAUCAAUACAUGGCAUACAUUCUACACUUCAAACAAGAGGCCCGAUAUCAUGGCUCACCAGUUCCUGUGCUACAUUUCUGACGGUAUGAGCCAACUUCAAGCUUAUAUCGUCGCCCUCACACCAAUAGUAAACGUCUGCCAUUCUAUCCACCUGCGUGCUUCGCUCAUGAAAUACGCAACAACAUACGCUGCGUCCUGUGGGUCACCGAGUCGCUUCAUAAGCUCAUGCCGCCAAAGCUUUAUCGGACUACUCAUCGCACAUAUCCUCACCCAGGCAGAGGUACUCCGCAGGCAGCGUUUUCCAGUUCAAGAAAUGAGUUCCGCUGUGAUCGAUCGCUCUUAG